AGCAUAGAAAAAAAAUUCCCAAUAUCAAAACAAUUAAAAGAAAAAAAAACAAUGUUUCAUUUCAUCUUUCAAACAAAAAGUUUCCGUCUGAAAAAAAAACCACAAAAAAACCGGUAGGUAAGGUUGACGAAGAAAGCGUGAAACGAGAUUCGGAAGUUAUGCCCUCAGAUUCUACGAUGGAGCACUUGAAGUUGAAGCUGUAGCUUUUUUUUUUUCUUUUCAAUUUCGAUUUUCGAUUUCCCAAACCUUUUAGGGUUUAAUGGAACCUCGAAUUGGGAAUAAGUUCCGUCUUGGUCGGAAAAUUGGGAGUGGAUCUUUUGGUGAGAUCUAUCUAGGAACCAAUAUUCAGACGAAUGAAGAGGUUGCGGUUAAGCUUGAAAAUGCCAAAACCAAGCAUCCUCAAUUGUUGUAUGAAUCGAAGCUGUAUAAAUUAUUGCAAGGAGGAACUGGGAUACCGAAUGCGAAAUGGUCUGGUGUUGAAGGAGAGUAUAAUGUCCUUGUGAUGGAUUUACUUGGUCCUAGUCUUGAGGAUUUGUUCAAUUUUUGUAAUAGGAAAUUGUCCCUCAAAACUGUUCUCAUGCUUGCUGAUCAAAUGAUAAAUCGAGUUGAGUUUGUUCAUACGAAGUCAUUUUUACACCGGGACAUCAAGCCAGACAAUUUCCUCAUGGGUUUAGGGAGGCGUGCAAAUCAAGUGUACGUCAUUGACUUUGGUCUUGCUAAGAAAUUCAGAGACAGUAAUAAUCAGCACAUUCCCUACAGAGAGAAUAAGAAUUUGACAGGAACUGCUAGGUAUGCCAGUAUGAAUACUCAUCUUGGAAUUGAACAAAGCCGUAGAGAUGAUUUAGAGUCACUUGGAUAUGUUCUUAUGUAUUUCUUAAGAGGAAGUCUGCCUUGGCAGGGAUUGAAAGCUGGUACUAAGAAGCAGAAGUAUGAGAGAAUCAGUGAGAAGAAAGUUUCUACUUCUAUUGAGUCUCUCUGCCGCGGCUAUCCCUCAGAAUUUGCAUCAUACUUCCAUUAUUGUCGGUCACUGAGGUUUGAUGAUAAACCAGAUUAUGCUUAUCUGAAGAGACUUUUGCGUGAUCUAUUCAUCCGUGAAGGAUUCCAGUUUGAUUAUGUCUUUGAUUGGACCAUUUUGAAAUAUCAGCAAUCUCAAAUUUCCACUCCUCCUUCCCGUGGUAUUGGUCUUGCUGCCGGCCCAAGUUCUGGUCUGCCACUAACUUCUGCAAAUGCUGAUGGACAGUCAGGCGGAAAAGAUGGUAGGCAUCUUGGGUGGUCUUCAACUGAUCCUACCCGUAGGAGAAACUCUGGACCUAUUGCCAUUGAUGGAAUCUUAUCUAGAGAAAAAGCCCCGGUUACAAAUGAAUUAACUGGAUCUAAAGAUGCUAUGUUGCCAAGUUCGAAUUUCUUUCGGCCAAGUGGAUCUGCAAGGCAAAGUGCCAUCUUAAACAGCAGCCGUGAUGCAGUUGUUGACAGUGAGACUGAGCCCUCCUCCCGACCUCCCACGCAGGACCCAAGUCAAGGAGCUAUCCGGAAAAGCUCUGGUGCUCAGAGAAGUUCACAUAUCAUGUCAUCUGAGCACAACCGAGUAUCAUCUGGAAGAAACACAUCAUCAAACAUAAAGAAUUUGGAUUCAACUCUUAGAGGCAUCGAGAGUCUGCAUCUAAACGACGAGAGGGCACAGUAUUAGCAGCUGCUACUCUCAGAUCACCUUUCUUCCUUGUAAAUUCGGAAAGGUUUAUACUCAUUUUCACAAACUGGGGAGUGGAGUGUUGUCAGUGCAUUUUGCUGAGAAAAAACUGCCAACAAAUUGGGAGAGUCUUCCUAACAAUAAAGAUAUGUUUUGGUGGUUUCACAACAAAACUAGCCUCGUACUAGGCUUCUGUUCAUACAGUGUGUUACACAGACUAAUAUUUUUGGCAACCUUUACUAUCAUUUGUUUUCUUUGAUAUUUUUAGCCUUCGGGGUAUAAAUAUAAAGCAUAUCAUUAUGAAAUACAAAUAGGGGGAUUGUUCUGAUGAA